AUGGCGAAUCUCUACUACCUCAAUAACCCUCCCCAUCCCCUUUGGGACUAUAUCUCCAGUGCCCUCGAGGAGCAUCCCUUCUUUGCUCCUCAGGGUCGCCACCCGCAUAACCACCACCGUGGACCUCAUCCGCAUCCAUUCGGAGGGUGGGGAGCUACACCCCAGGCCGAGGACGUACCCCAACAGCCUGAGGAACAGCAAGCCGGGCCGUCCAACAAGCAACAGAAUGAGGAUAACUCAUCCUCGUCAUCAGACUCCGAGCCCUCAGGCGACGAGAAGAAGCACCGUCGCGGAAAGCGUGGUGGAAAAGGAAAAUGCAGGGCCCAUGGAAAGGGUUGCGGCAAGGGCAAGCAUGGACCGGGCCCUCAUCACGCCGGUCCGUUUGGAGGUCCUUGCGGAAGAGGCGGUCCUUACCAGCACCACCGCGGUGGACCAGGCGGCUAUUGGUUUGGAGGCCGAGGAGGCCGCCGAGGACCGCGAGGCUGGCACCACGGCCCUCAUCCCCAUCACCAUGGGGGACCACCUCCAUUCGCACAGGGAGGUCCCGGAUUCCCAGAUUUCAACUUCCUACGCAACCUAGGCGCCCAGUUCGGCUUCCCCUUGGCAGCGGAGUCACCAGAGGGCGUCGACUUCGUACCAACUGUGGAUGUCUUCGACAUGGCAACCAAAUAUAUCGUGCACGUUUCUCUCCCCGGCGCAAAGAAAGAAGAUCUCAGCAUCGACUAUGACGUCGGCGAGUCCGUGUUGCGUCUGGCAGGUGUUGUCUACCGCCCUGGUAUCACCGAGGAUCUGCACCAAGGGCUCGUGAUGGAAGAGCGUGCUCGCGAAGUUGGCGUGUUUGAGCGCGAGGUCCGCCUCGGCACGCGCGCGGCUCCGGCUGCUGUUGUUGUCGAGGAGAUCUCGGCGAAGCUGGAGGAUGGUGUGCUUAAUGUCACCGUCCCUAAAGUUCAGGAGCCGGAGGUGAGCCAGAAGAAGAAAGUUGUUGUUGUUGAAGAGGAGGUGAAUGAGAAGGAUGCGAUGCAUGUGGAUGAGAGUGACAGUGAGACGGCUACGCCUGAUGAAGGGUCUGAGGGUAGCGAUGCGGAGGGUGAGGCGAGGGAGUAUGUCAAGGUUGCUGUGCAGUGA